AUGGGAGCUCUCCGACGUGCUACUCUUCGGCUUCGGCCAGGGCGGGUCCUUUGCCCUAGCGCUGGCCGCCUCGCUGGCCAAGGAGAACCAGGUCGUCGACGUGACCACCACCACCGCCACCACCGCGGGCACCGACGACAACGGCGGAGGGGUGGACAGGAGCAGCUUCAAGGGCGUCGUGUCCAUCGGCGGGCCGCUGCCGCCCUCAUCGGUGAGCACGCGUUCCGCACGGGAAAAGUGCCGCACCAGCGCGCUGGUGUGCCAGCUGGACGGCGAGCAGAGCGACUACGUGCGGCGCGAGUUCCGGGACGUGCGGGUCGUGCGCUGGCGGAGGGGGGACGUCGCCAUGCCGAGGGACAGGGAGGAGAUGCUGCCCAUUAUGAAGUUCUUUGCGGAGAGGCUACGGAGCGGGUGGUAGGCAGGCAGGCACGCAGGCAAGGUGCCGCGCGAGGCUUUUCGCGUGGAAGGACAGGACAUGGUACGAUAUGGCGUGGCAUCACGCGAGGCGGUUAUGGGCACGGGCGGUUCACGAUGUGGGAGGGAUAG